AUGGAGAAUACCUACCCUCUCCCCCUCAUGAAGGACAUGCUGAACCACUUGUCCAAGGGCAAGAUGUUCACCAAAUUGGACUUAAGAGAAGCCUACUAUCAUAUAAAAAUUAAAGAGGAAGAUAAAUGGAAAACUGCCUUCAACUGCCCACCCAGUAGCUUCCAAUUUAAAGUCAUGCCAUUCAGCCUGCAAGUAGCCGCAGCAGUGUUCAUGCAGCUAAUCAAUGAGUUGCUACAUGAGCCCCUAUAUAAAGAGAUCCUCAUUUACCUGGGUGACACUCUCAUAUGCAGUGAAACCCUUGAGGAACAUGCAAUUUAUCCCAACAUUUGCAGAAGUCACCCUGCCUCUAAUAAAGCUGUUGAAGAUGAGGUUUCCUCUGACAAUGCAAAAGCUGAACCAGCCACUCGCAUGGACAAUGGGCUGUCAAAAAGACUUUGA